UCUCUCUCAGCUUCCCAAAACCCGUGGCCACAGAGAGACCUCUGAGCUUUCACUCUCUCCGAGAACGACAAAAAGAACAGAAUAUCAGCAACAAUGAAAGAACCCCACUCGGGGCAGUCUAUAGUGGCCCAGAUUUUCUUUAGCUGCUUUUGGGCCCAAAUUUUAAAUGCCCCACAUAGGAUGAAAUUUGUGACAUAUGUGGUGAUGCUGGUUUUGACAAUGCAUUAGCUACUUGCUCCAGUUGCUGUAGUCAUGAACAUGGGAAGCAAGGAGACUUAAUUCAGGUGGUGUUUUUUCCCAUAUAGGCUUUUAUGUUGGUUCUUUUAGGACCCAACUGCAGUGUGUUUAGACCAUAAGUUCAAGUUGGUUGGAUGGAUCUCUUGUUCUUGUACUUUUCAGCUCUUGAACUGAAAUGAUCAUUCUAUGUGUAGUACUCUUAAAGUUUUGUAAGGUCACUUGGAUGGAAUAGUUAUUGCAUGCGGGUUGUUCUCCAUGAUAUUCCAGAAGAUUGGGUUUGUAAAUCAUGUUUGUCAAGUGGGAUGGUAUUGCCAGAAGCUGGUGGGAAGGACAUCACCAUGAGAACCAUGACAAUAGAUUGCUCUGAAAUGGCUACAGCAGGUGGUAAGUCCCAAGCUGUUGCUGAACAAAAGAACUCUGAUGUUGAAAAAAGCAUGUUGCUGAAUAUUUUACCUAUAUUCAAGAUAUACUGCGAUUAUCUCCCUACUUCACAUGCUACUUGGAAGGGAGGAUUUUUUGUUACUAAUUCUACACCUAAAAACUUUCUUGGUGGGUUCAAGGCUCAACUUCCACCCUCCAUCAGUCGUAGGGCCUCUGAGUUUUCAGGAAAAAUGCCUCUAGUCCUUAGUGUUGAGUUGCUUCCUCAAUCCCAAAUUUUGGCAGAUCUUUUUCAGAAUGAUUGUCCUGAUCUUCGUGACAUUGCUCUAUACUUUUCCCCUGAUGAUAAUAUUGAGAGUUCCAAAGAGCACGCUGCCUCCCUGUUUGAGCAGAUGGAGGUCCAAAAUUCAAUGAUGAGAAGCUCCUUUAAUGGUGUGGAGUUGCUGAUUUUUACAUCAAAACAGCUGCAUGUGGACUCACAGAAUGUUAUUGCAAGGUUAGAAGCAGAAUACCAGUUUUGGGGAGUCUUUCGCCCUGUAAAAGACAAUCAUACUCUUGACAAGGUAGAUGCAGAACCCCCUCCAGUCAUUUCUUCUGUGGAAUAUGCACACAAUGACUGUGUGAGCAUGGAUGAUAGUGAGGCAGUUGAUAUGGAAAUUGAUAUGGUAGCUGGAGAGAAUGUGGGGAGAGUUGAUAUGGUUGUUUCAAGAUAUGCAUCCAAGAGACAUUAUGAACUCACUUCUAAUUCUGGGAGUAACUUGCAUAGGUUAGAUAGAAAGACUUCAACUAUUUCGAAGUAUUUGAUUUCUAGUAGUGAACAAUUAAUAUUAGGGUAUAAACAAGGGGUAAAAAGUAGAAGUGAGAUUGCUUUUGAGCCCCACUUGCACAGCUCAAAUAGGAAGUGUUUCAAUACAGUGGACCCAGAUGGAGUUCCUCCGGGAUUUGAGAAAGUUUUAAGACAAAACUGAGAGAUAGUAUACAAUACUACAAUCAUAGAGGAAAAUCCUGCAGUACCAUCCAAGAUAAAGUUCAGUUGAUGGGGGAAGAUAUGGCAGCUGUAGCAGAGAAAUAUGAACUGGGGAUGUAUCAUGCUGAGAAGGAAUUUGAGUGAGCAGGGCUUCUUUCAAGCAUGACCAAAUGCCUCUACCCAGUUUGGCUUUGAAAUCUGUCCUUAUUGCAUGGAAAGAACUUCACACGUAUACUUGUAGGUGUUAGUUGAACUUGUUAGCAACAUGGUAAAUCUGUAAAUGGCUGUAAGAUUUCAUGAUAUAGUCAAGUGAGUUGAGGCCUGGACUCUUGGACUGAUUAAGGCACCUGCAAAGUGUUCAUUAUAACUUUGCUUUUACCAUGCCAUUACAAUGUGAAUGUUGCAUGCUUGCUGCAAA